AUGGCGAAUUUCUCGGUGAAGGGGCGGACAGCUCUGGUAACCGGAGGAGAUAGUGGCAUGGGACUCGGUUAUGUAGAGGCCCUUGCAGCAGCUGGAGCUGAUGUUUUGGUCUUCGACAUCAAUGCAGCUUCACCGAGCCAGGCAUUGCUUGAUCUGAAGGCGAAGUACUCAAGACUUGGCGUGACGAUCGCCUACUAUGUUGCGGACGUUUCUUCGAAGGAAUCUCUAAAAGCCGCCUUUUCCAAGGUUGAAGCCGAGUUCGGAAUACUGCAUAUUUGUGUAUGCAACGCCGGCAUCAACAAAGUUGCGGAUUUUCUCGAGAUGCCAUGGGACGCUCAUCAGCGCUUGCUCGAAGUCAAUGUACUUGGAUUGUAUCACACCGCACAACUGGCUGCGGCUUUGAUGAUUAAGAGCAAGGCUACAAGCCCCAGCAUCAUAUUAAUUGGCAGUAUUGCUGGGCGAAAUUCAGUGAAGGCCUCGAAUCAUUCCGCAUACUCCGGCACGAAAGGCGCUGUGCUGGGACUCUUGCCUGCCAUUGCAAAAGAGUUGGGCUCCCACGGAAUCCGCGUCAAUGCCAUCUCACCUGGCUAUGUGCGAACCCCGAUGACUGCACCAUAUCCAGAUCUCUUAGAGUCGUGGAAGAAGGAGACAAUGCUUGGCCGUGUCGGCAGCCCUGAGGACAUGAUGGGAGCGUGCAUUUUCCUUGCCAGUGAUGCAAGCAAAUAUAUCACAGCUCACGAUUUAGUAGUCGAUGGUGGAAAGACGAUGUGGUGA